AUGGCAUGUUAUAUGUCAAUUCAAGGAGACGAUGCGCCUCGUGCUGUUUUUCCGUCCAUCGUCGGUCGCCCCCGUCUGCAGAAUGUCAUGGUCGGGAUGGGCAACAAAGAUGCGUACGUUGGCGAUGAGGCCCAAGCCAAGCGAGGCAUAUUGACCUUGAAGUAUCCCAUUGAGCAUGGCAUUGUCACCAACUGGGACGAUAUGGAGAAGAUCUGGCACCACACGUUUUUCAACGAGCUUCGCGUCGCCCCUGAGGAACACCCGGUGCUUCUAACAGAGGCGCCCAAGAAUCCCAAAGCCAACAGAGAGAAAAUGACCCAGAUUAUGUUUGAGACUUUCAACGUACCAGCGUUCUAUGUCUCUAUUCAGGCGGUACUCUCUCUUUACGCUACGGGGCGUACCACCGGCAUUGUCAUGGACUCCGGGGAUGGUGUUUCCCAUACCGUCCCAAUUUAUGAGGGUUUCUCCCUUCCACAUGCUAUCUUACGCUUGGAUCUGGCCGGUCGGGACAUUACUGAUCAGCUGGUCAAGAAUUUGGGAGAGCGAGGGUACAGUCUGGGCAACAGCUCUGCUGAACGCGAAAUUGUUCGUGACAUCAAGGAGAAGCUCUGUUACGUUGCUCUGGAUUUUGACCAGGAGCUGGAUACGUCCAUGAGGUCUUCGGCAAUCGAGAAGGACUACGAGUUGCCGGAUGGUCAGAUCAUCACCAUUGGCAAUGAAAGAUUUCGUGCACCAGAGGCGUUAUUCAACCCUCCCAUGGUUGGAAUGGAGGCUUCUGGCAUCCAUGAAACUACGUACAAUUGUAUCUACAAGUGCGAUUUAGACAUCCGUCGCGAGCUGUACAAUAACAUCGUCCUUUCUGGAGGUACUACCAUGUUCCCUGGUUUGCCUGACCGCAUGCAGAAGGAGAUGACUGCUUUGGCUCCGACUAGUAUUAAGGUCAAAGUUGUCGCCUCUCCUGAGAGGAAAUACUCUGUCUGGAUUGGUGGCUCUAUCUUGGGGUCGCUCAGUACCUUCCAGAACAUGUGGAUCUCCAAGCAGGAGUACGAUGAAAGUGGGCCCAGUAUCGUCCAUCGCAAGUGCUUCUGACCCCUCGAGAACAGACUUUCCAUAUGUACUUAUAGUCCAGCAUGCCAAUGGAAUGUCAUUGGGCUAUCAUUUGAGAACACAGAACCUGGCAGUACGCUCUGUAUCCAUGUCACAGAUUACGGAACAGUAAU